ACUAAACAAUCCACUAUUCUAGCUAAGUGCACCAAGAUGCCAGGACUCGACGAGACCAACAACGAGAGUUACAAAUACCUGAGGAGCGUGGGUAACGACUGGCAGUUCAACGUAGAGGAUCUCCACCCCAAGAUGGUCUCCCGACUCUACAAGAGGUUCGACACCUUCGAUCUGGACUGUGACGGCAAAAUGAAGAUCGACGAGAUCCUGUACUGGCCCGACAGAAUGAGGCAGCUGGUAAACGCUACUGACGAACAGGUCGAGAAGAUGAGGGCUGCUUGCUACACCUUCUUCACCAACAAAGGAGUGGAUCCAGUAAACGGACUUCUCAGGGAGAACUGGGUUGAGUCUAACAGAGUCUUUGCUGAGGCUGAAAGAGAAAGGGAACGACGUGGUGAAGACUCCAUGAUUGGUCUCUUGUCCAACGCUUACUACGAUGUCCUGGAUGAUGAUGGUGAUGGUACCGUUGAUGUUGAUGAACUGAAAACCAUGAUGAAAGCUUUCGAUGUGCCCCAGGAGGCUGCUUACACCUUCUUCGAGAAGGCUGACACAGACAAAAGUGGAAAACUGGAGCGACCUGAGCUGGUGCAUCUGUUCAGAAAGUUCUGGAUGGAGCCCUACGAUCCUCAGUGGGACGGUGUCUACGCUUACAAAUACUAAACAGAUUCAUGGACCCAAUAGACUAAUCUAUUCU